AUGUGUGUGUGUGUGUGUGGGUGUGUGGGUGUGUUUUUUUGUGUGGUCAUCGUGAGCCGCCUCCGGGCGUUUGAGGUGGAUAUUCCCAGCUCUAACUUGGACGCGGCGGCAGCUGCCACGGAUGCUGCCUUGCAGCGGCUGCCGAAAGAAUCCCUUCCACGUCGACUGGCUGCGCUCAUCCCAGAUGGUUUGGCGCUGCCUGAGUCCGUGUUUAACGGCACCACCAGCUACUAUCGCCCGACUGAGCGGGCCCUCCUUGCCGCCGCAGCUCUGUCCUCCCUGGAGGUGAACCUUGAUGGCGGCGAGGGCUUUGGCGUUGGCCGCUUGGCGGGGGCGGAGCUGCCGGCGCCGGAGCGCCCCGCGAGCUUGGAUCCGCUCUUCGGUCCUUUGGGAAGAUCUCCGGUGGCUCGCGAACGGGCUUUGGACGCCUCCCAGUACCUCCGCCUGGCCAUCUCCGGAGCCGUCUGCAGCGCGGUGGUCCGUGCGGUGCUGCAGCCUCUGGAGGUCGUCAAGACCACUCAGCAGCUCAGCCCUCCCAGUGAGAAGAAUGCAGGGGAGACGGGGGACUUCCAAAGCACGGCGAAGAGCCUUCUGGAAGCCGGAGGCUUUGGUGCUCUGUACAAAGGGACAGAUGCCACAGUCCUGGCCACUGGUGUCAUGGGCUUUGCCAGCUUCGGACUGAACGAGCUCUUCAGGCGGAGCCUGGAAUCAAUGACUGGUGACACAACCGGUCAACCUAGCGCCUUGCUGGUGCUUGGCGCAUCGAUUGCGGCUGUGUUCGUUUCAGGCUUCAUCGCUGCACCGUUUGAAACCUUGCGCGUGCGCGUGAUGGCCCCCACAGAGAGCCGCUCCUGGGGAGAGUUGGCCACCGAAGCUGUGAGCAAAGGAUUCUCUGAGCUUUGGGCAGGCCUCGGACCCUUCUGGGCUAGGGAGAUUCCCUUCUCUGCAUGCAAGUUCCUCGUGUUCGAUCUGGCUUCACGUGGCCUUUUCAGCUUGUUCCCGGCAGCCGCGGAUGCCGCAAGCCUGCAGAUCUCGGCUGUGGCCGGCUCCAUCGCCGGCCUGGCCUCUGCCGUGGUCUCCAACCCCGCCGAUGUCAUCAUAACACAGAUCUCCUCAGGAGAUGCUGCAGGUCGCAGGUCUCCCGGCAAGCUCGAUCUGUGGAAGGGCCUGGGCGCUCGCAGUGUAUACUUUGCUGCAGCCAUUUGCGCCCAGUUCCUGCUGUACGACUCUGUGAAGGAGUUGCUGGGCGUGGGCUCCGGGGACCUCCAGCUGGUCCUCGAUGUCUUCGGCAUAUCGCAAACUGCUGAGUUGAGCUUGUCCCUGCAAUCACCGGGUGGUGCCGUCCUGCACUUCGCGGCAAAAGCAGUUUCGGUGCUGUUUGCGGAGCCUGCACAUGCGAACCACGAUGUGCGGAGGGCUACAUCCUCGAAGGCCCGGGGCAAGCUGCGAGGUUUGUUCUCGACAAAGAUCAAGUUGCUUCUGGCAGUUGCGAGCAGCAAUGGGCUGCUCCUGACUUGCAGUGGUGAAGAGUUUGCUGCUGUCUGCGACACUAAGGCUGGUUCCAUCGACGUUUCAGUGUAUCGGUCUGAACUGCUCUGCCCCAGUCGGCAUUCCAUUCGGAGGGCCAGUGCUGAGCUUCUCGUGGAGCAGCUGACCUUUUGCUGCCAGUGUAGAAAUGGCUACACCCCAAAUCUGGACGGCUUGCCUUGGGAUCCAGUGCUGCGGAAGAGCAUCCUUCCCUGUGUCGCGGGGGUCCUCGCACCGUCGACCUUCACUUGUCUGGGAAUGCCCUGCCAGGUGCCACGCACAGGCUCGGGGGAGGGGCAGAUCUUGAACGCCCACGCGCUGCGCCCGUGCUCCAUAGACUUGCCGGAGAUUCCGCACCUGGGCUUCUGCGACCCCCUUUGCCGGGACGGAUGGCAUCCGAACGUCUCUCUGAUACAGUGCGUGGCUUCAAACCUGGCUUCCCUCUUCGAGUGCCUGGGCAACUCCUGUCCCGCACCCAAGCUGGUUCAGUUUGCCGAAGCGGUGACGUGCCAAGAGGGCCCGGAAGCGGAGCACGAAGGAAUUUGCACGCCCAACUGCAAGCCAGGGUACCGUCCAAGUGCGGAGGUACUGACUUGUCGAAACGGUGUCUUAACGCCCUUCAGAUACGAGUGCUUCCCGGAAAACUGCACCGCCCACUUCGAACUGCCAUGGGCCUUGCCGCCUUCGCCCGGCUACAACCGGUCUCUAGGCAUCAACAGCCCACUCGUCGAAUGGGUUCCGCCAGAAGCGAGGACCUGUGCGGAAGGGCCCAGCAUGUUCCACCGCGGACGUUGUACCGCUCAAUGCUUGCCUGGAUAUGAGCCGGACAUACCGUUCCUUUCCUGCAACCUGGGCAACUUCAGUCCACCAGUGUACCAGUGUGUGGGCCAGCCCUGUCAGGCAUUGCAGGGCAUUCCGGAUGCUCCUGCCUUGACGUGCGAGGAAGGCACCGUCCUGGAGCACGGCGGGUCCUGCACCACGAAGUGCGACUAUGGCUUCGUCCCCUCCGAUGCAGUGCUGAGUUGCAAUGCGACGGUGCUGGAUCCCGCGAACUAUACUUGCAUGGGCACUGCUUGCAACGCUCCGGCCGGUGUCGCAAACGCCCCGGCCAUGCCGUGCGUGGAGCCGCCCGAGAACCUGACUCACGGAAGCAUUUGCACGACACAGUGCUUGUCGGGGUUCGUACCCAGCACACCGGUGCUGCACUGCUACGGAGGACAGCUGAGUGCUCAUCCAGAAUGCCACCCUUGCAGGCAGUUUAACCCAAAGCGAGGGACCAGCUCGUGCCGCUUUGGUUCCACGUGCAAUUUCUGUCAUCAUCCUGAUCACAAGCGCUCCAAACAUCGGGGGCAGCGAGGACGCCACGCCGUGCAGCGCCGAGAAUUCCAGGAAGAGCGUGCAGCGGCGGCAGUGGUGAAUCCACGUCUCGCUGCCCUGGACCGCAUCUACUCAGAACCGAACCAACUCGUCGAGGCCGCGCGGGCGGCGAUGCAGCGGACAUGUGCCAAGUUGCGCGAGGCAGUGGAGCAGGAGCUGGACAAGCGGAUGUGGCAAAGCGGGAUGGAUGCCCAGUGUUUGAGGCCCGACAGUGUGCGGAUCAAGUGCUCCAAUGCGAACCCAGAGUCGGAUGUUUCGAUUCUCCCCGACUUGAAUAAAAGGAGCAAGUGGUUGACAGGAACCUUGCAUCUGCUGAUAAAGAAGUAUCAGGACAGCACGGACAACAGCCAGUCUUCCAAGUUCGAGCUCAUCGCAGAAUCUGUGAGGCAGAACCUCUCAGCAUUGCAGAGAGACUUCGAGCAAGUCUUGCAAGCAAUCGAGGGGCUCAGUGACCACUUGAAGAACCACAGCUGGCUGGAAGACACCGUGGCAGAUCUGUUGCAGAAGGACUUCGACCUGGAUGCGAUCAAGGAUCUAUGCGAGCUGCUCCACUUUCUUCUCCUACCCGGAGACGGAGAACACCUGAGCAAGCUUGAUGCGAGGACGAUGAAAGGUCUCGUGCAAGAGGUGCAGCGAAUCUUGGACAUGCAGAGAACCAACCUCCUCGAAGGGCCCGCGAGCUUCGAGUGCAUCGAGGAGUCGGUGUGGCUCGGCUACGAGCCCUCGGACGACACCAUUGCCCAGGCGUGGGCCGAAAACGUAGCCGCCGCUGGGCUGCGUGACGGCACAGCCCUGGCCUGCUUCAAGGAUGAGCUCAGCCUGGCCAUACACUGCGUGGUUUUGCUGGCCUCCGUGACGACGACGCGGCAGGGCCAGUGGAGCGCAGUGACCGGGCCGCAGGUGGAGGAGUUUGUCCUGGAACCCCUUACCUUGGACAAGGCAGUCGCAUGCUACCGAAUCACAGGUGGGAGCACGAUGUGCCGUGCUCUGGAGCUCGUCUCCGAGUCGGUGGUGCAGGGUGCGGAGGUGCUGCUGAGCGCAGCUGAGACCUACCACAUCUCGCUGGCAAGCCUGGCGGACGGGGCAGCGGUCUGCUUCCAACAAGGUUUGGACACCUGGCGAUGCCGGCUCCUGGACGUGGGAAGCUCGAGCCUCUCAAUGGGGCCCGAGCUGGUCCUGCCUGGAACUCUCUCGGGGCUCGCCUUGGCCAGCCUCGGCUCUUCGCGGCUCGUGGCUUGCGGUGCAGGCUCCGUCGAGGGCCGUUCCUACUGCCACCUCCUCGAGGUGUCAGGCUCCAUGCUGAGCAACAUCAGCUCCGUGCAGGUAAGCACCGAGGCUGCGUUUCUCGUCGCGACCCACCUCACCUCGCCGAGCGACGCCGUCCUCCUCUGCUUCUCGGACUGGAGCUCCGUGAGCGCGGUGUGCAAGGUGCUUGAAGCGAGCGGUGAUGCACUUGUGGAGGCGGGGAACGUGACAGUGGACCACGGUGUCACUCGCUACCUGAGCGUUGGUGCCGUGUCUGCCAGCCGUGCUCUGCUCUGCAUGGAGCGCCAGGGCCCUUUGCUGGAACACUGUGUGGAUCGACGUCUUCAGUGCGAAGACUGGGCUGCAGCCGGAGAGUGCGGCUUCAACCCGAAGUUCAUGUUCGACCUGUGUCCUCACACCUGCGGGGUCUGCACGCAGGUUGGACCGAGCCAGGGCAGGUGCCACGUCGUGGGCAUGUCUGACGGUAUCUUGCAAGCAGGACCCGAGGCUGUCGUGAACGAUGGCAUCUCGUGGAACUUCGCUGCGGCUGUGGUGCGGAGCGACACCGCGUUGGUGUGCUUCUCCGACUCCACGCGCCGAGAUGCUGCAAGGUGCCGGACUGUUUGGGGCCCUCGCAACUGGGAUCCGCUGGAGGUGAGGGCCUGCUCGGAGAACGUGUCGGCCAGCUGUGUGCCGUGA